GCGUUGGGGAGCAGCAUGGAGACCUCGGCCGACUCGCUGGCCGACUCGCUGGCCACCGCCGCCGCGCGGGGCCGGGCUGACGAGGUGCGGGCGCUGCUCGAGGCGGGGGCGUCGGCCAACGCGCCGAACCGUUACGGUCGAAGCGCGAUUCAGGUGAUGAUGAUGGGCAGCGCCCGCGUAGCCGAGCUGCUGCUGCUCCACGGCGCGGACCCCAACUGCGCGGACCCCGCCACGCUCACCCGACCGGUGCACGACGCCGCCAGGGAGGGCUUCCUGGACACGCUGGUGGCCCUGCACCGAGCCGGGGGGCGGCUGGAUGUGCGCGAUGCGUGGGGCCGCCUGCCAGUGGACCUGGCCGAAGAGCGGGGCCACCGCGACGUCGCCGGGUACCUGCGCGCGGCUGCAGAGGGCACGGAAGGCGGUAGUUAGGCCCGCGCAGACCCCGCGGAAGGUCCGGCAGACAGCUCGCUCGGACCUAAAGAAUCAUUGAAAUCAUUGGAAUAAGAGAAAGAAAUCACCCACACCCAAUUCUUCCCAGCUGUCUUAAUGCCAGUUCCCUCGGUUGGGAAGAUCCCCUGGAAGAGGGCAUUGCAGUCCACUCCAGUAUCCUUGCUUGCCUAGAGAAUCCCCAUGGACAGAGUAGCCUCGCGGGGUAUGGUCCAUGGGGUCGAAAAGUGUCGGACAAGACUGAAGCGACUUAGCAGGCAUGCAUCAAAUAAAGCUUUUUUUAAAAAAAAAAAAAUUGGAACAGCUUCGAUUUUCCUUUCCCUUCCCUUAAAUUUCCCAUAUACAUUUUGCUAUAAAAGUUUUCUUUAAAAAAAAAAUUGA